AGUAGUUCGUGAAAAAUGGGCUUAAAAAAUGCGCCUACUGGAAUAAAUGAACAGCCAACUCCUUACAGGAAGUACCAGCCCAGCCACGCUCCACUUCUCAUCAACAACACGGCUGUGGAGGUGGUCAGCAGCACAAAGUUCCUGGGGGUGCAUAUCACAGACAACCUUACCUGGUCUAUGAACACUGCGUCACUGGUCAAAAGGGCACAGCAGCGCAUGUACUUCCUGCGUAAGAUGAGGAGAGCCCACCUGCCCCCACCCAUCCUCACUACAUUCUACAGAAGCACCAUAGAGAGCAUCCUGACCAACUGCAUCUCUGUGUGGUGUGGAGGCUGCAGGGCCUCUGACUGGAAGAAUGUGAGGAGAGUGGUGAGGACAGCGGAGAACAUCAUUGGGACUUCUCUCCCCUCCAUCCAGGAUGUUGCACAGAAGCGCUGCAUGGCCCGAGCCGUAAACAUCAGCAGGGACUCCUCACAUCCCCAUCAUGGACUGUUCUCCCUGCUGGCCUCUGGAAAGAGGUUCCGCAGCAUUCGGUGCAGGACCACCAGGUUCUGUAACAGCUUUGUACCCCAGGCCAUCAGACAGCUGAACUGUAAACUUUUUAAUAAGGACAUUAUACCCUCUCCCACCACCUACCUUGCACUACUGUAGAUCUGUAAAUGAUGCUGUACACUAUUACUAUUCCUAUUUUAUUAUAUAUAUUUUUUUUUUAUAUUAUAUUAUUUUAUUUUAUUUUUAUUUA